AUGGCCGCACAAAUUGCUACGGGAGCCUCAGAGCUCCGGGACAUCACAAAAAUGGAGCGGAUAGGUGCACACUCGCACAUCCGUGGACUAGGCCUCGAUGACCGGUUAGAACCUCGCGAAAACUCCGAGGGUAUGGUCGGGCAGGCAAAGGCGCGCAAGGCGGCGGGCAUGAUCCUCAAGAUGGUACAGGAGGGGCGCAUAGCGGGACGCGCCAUGCUCUUCGCGGGUCCACCCUCGACAGGGAAGACUGCAAUCGCGUUGGGUAUGGCGCAAACGCUGGGUCCAGAUGUCCCGUUCACGAUGAUCGCCGCGAGCGAGGUUUUCUCGCUGUCGAUGUCCAAGACUGAGGCGCUCACACAAGCGUUCAGACGGAGCAUUGGAGUGCGCAUUAAGGAGGAGACGGAAAUUAUUGAGGGCGAAGUUGUCGAGAUUCAGAUAGACCGGAGCCUGACCGGCGCAACAAAAACAGGGAAGCUAACCAUCAAAACUGUGGAUAUGGAGACCGUCUACGAUCUCGGUACCAAAAUGAUUGACGCAUUGUCAAAAGAGAAAGUCACAGCAGGAGACAUUAUCGCAAUUGACAAGACGUCUGGAAAGGUGUCCAAACUCGGACGGUCGUUUGCACGCUCCAGAGAUUACGAUGCGAUGGGCGCAGACACCAGGUUCCUGCAAUGUCCAGAAGGAGAAGUACAGAAGCGAAAGGAGGUCGUGCACACUGUUUCCCUUCAUGAAAUCGACGUCAUCAACAGUAGGACGCAGGGUUUCCUCGCCUUAUUCGCAGGCGACACGGGCGAAAUCAAGCCGGAGCUGCGCGAUCAAAUUAACACCAAGGUUUCGGAAUGGCGAGAAGAGGGAAAAGCGGAAAUUAUCCCCGGUGUCCUUUUCAUUGACGAAGUUCACAUGCUUGACAUCGAAUGCUUCUCUUUCUUGAAUCGGGCACUUGAGAAUGAGUUUGCCCCGCUUGUAAUUAUGGCGUCCAACCGCGGCAUGGCGCGCAUCCGCGGCACAACUUUCAAGAGUCCGCAUGGGCUGCCCGCCGACCUGCUCGACCGGGUGCUUAUUGUCACUACGCACCCAUAUUCCGACCAUGAGGUGAGGCAGAUCAUGCAAAUACGAUGCGCGGAGGAAGACGUCACGCUUAGCCAAAAAGCAAUCGAUGUGCUCGCCCUGAUGUCGAAGGAGACCACGCUGCGGUAUGUGCUGAACCUGAUCUCGUGUGCCGACACACUCGCUCGCAAGCGCAAGGCGGAAGUGGUCGACAUCAACGAUGUGCAGCGGGCGUAUUCAUACUUCAUAGACGAGAAGCGCAGCGUCCAGUGGCUGAAAGAGCAGCAAGGGGUGGUGUACGAGGAGGGGGAGUCCUACAUCUCGGCGAAGAAUGAUGUGAUGGACCAGAGUUGA